UUCAGUACUUCUCAGCCGGUUAAUGUGCAACAAUGAAGAUACAAAUAGACCAUACAUAAGAGCAAAUUGUGAAAACAACACAACAGAUAAACAGUGAAGUGUGAAAGUGAUGUCUCGCUGUACAAGUCUGGUUAACAGAUUUGGGAGAGGGGUGUGGGCACAGACAAGCAAAUAUUCACAAAUGGAGGGUUUUAAUGCAACUAAAUAGAUUUUGGUGAGGGGCGUGAGCACAUAGCCAAGCAAAUAUUCACAAAUGAAGAGGUUUUAAUGCAACUAAAUAGAUUUUGGUGAGGGGUGUGAGCACAUAGAUGAGCAAAUAUUCACAAAGAGGGUUUUAAUGCAACUACAUAUAUUUGGGUGUGGGCACAUAGACAAGCAAAUAUACACAAAGACGUUUUAAUGCAACUAAAAACCAAAAUCCACACAAGAAGGCCUGAGAUCUAAAAGCAGAAUCGCUCAACAGUGAGACAGACUGCCGGGCACGUGCACACAACAAAUUGGACGUCUAAGGAGCUCGUUAAACGAGCCGUUUUCCAGCCGAAACUCUACAAUUCUUGAGCGUAAAACUGAGCAACUCGGCAAGUGGGUUGACGACUUUGCUAGGGGUUAAAAAAAAUACCGAUGUGCUAGUUGCUUUGAGCGUUGCUAAAGCUGAAGCUACGAGCAUCACAUACUUCACAGGGUUCAACAUGGAAGAUAUUAGAGCCAAAGCAGGUAGAGGACUAAAGGAGCCCAACAUUCAAGUGCUGGAGAACAAAUUCGUGAGCCUGCAACAAGCCAAAAAAGAUCUGGAAACUGAUAUUAUGAAGAGGAAAUCACUCAUUGUUUGUCUACACAAGCAUUUCGCUGCACGGCAAACAGAGGCCUACCAACUGGAGAGGACCGAGCAGGAAAAAGAAGAACUGUUGCAGAAGUUGCAGCUCCAGUGCGAAGAAUCCAAGCAUGAGAAUGUCAGGCUUGCUGAGCGGAACAAGAAAAGCGAGGACCUCAUCUCUCGGCACCGUUCUGAUAUCUGGGAGUUAAAGCUCAAGCAGCGCAAGAUGAAGUUGAAGUUUGAGAAUGAGCUCCACUCAAUGAUGCAACAGCACAAGCAGCUCUACGCCGACAUUGUAAGUCGACACCUUUUGCCGCCACCGCCGCGUCACAAACAGUUGCCGACUUGCAUCUGGUCAUCUCAUCCAGAAAGACGCUCAGCCAAAAGAGUGAAGCGGAGCACUGACUCAAGAACGCGAGACGUCAGCUCAUCCGAUGACGUCCACCUCAAGGACUGCCUUGGUACUUUCAUGGAAAAAGCAGGCCACUUUGCUCCUCUUUCCUAACGUUGACCCAAGGUAACGUUCCAAAUGUUCCUCUGUUGGAUUUUCCUACUGUGAUGUGUGUUUACAUAACAUGUCAAAAGGGUGUUCAAUUCUUGCAAAGCCAUUGAUAGCGUUUCUAUAUUGUUGAAGAGCUUUAAUAAAAGUAUUUGCAGCAUA